AUGUCUCUCGCGGUAGUGUUCCACACAGCAGUGAACUCUCCCGUGUUCACCGAUACCUCAUUCGGGAAGCGGUCAUUGUCAAUUUCGAGGCUGAGCUCUCUCCGGCUGGUUGCAAGGCCUACCGCCACUGCGAUAAAACUCCGACUUCGAGUUUCGGCGGAAGAAACGCGUUCUGGCGCCACAGAGGAGGGCAAUGACUCUGUGUCUCUGUCUUCGUCGUCGUUUUGGGGUCCUGUGAUGAAGGAGCAAUACGGUUCGUUAGGUGCGGUGACGUUGGAGAAGUCUAAGCCUGAUAUGUCGCAAAAGCAAACCGUCGUGUCUAGCCCUGAGAUAGACAUUGGAGGAGGCAGUGGGGGUAUUGGAAAGGAAAUCAAUCAUGGUGGUGGUGAUGGAGGAGAUGAUGGUGAUGAUGAUGAUGAUUACUUUGAUGACUUUGAUGAUGGCGAUGAGGAUGGUGAGGGUGGCUUGUUUAGAAGAAGGAUACUUCUUGAAGAGCUUUUUGACCGUAAAUUUGUAGAUGCAGUGUUAAGUGAGUGGUACAGGACAAUGAUGGAUUUGCCUCUUGGGCUUCGACAAGCUUAUGAAAUGGGGUUGGUUAGCUCAGCUCAAAUGGUAAGAUUCCUAGCAUUCAAUGCCAGGCCAACCACCAGUAGGUUUAUUUGCCGUGCACUUCCUUAUGGAAUUUCAAGGGCUUUCAUUGGCAGAUUGCUUGCAGAUCCUGCAUUCGUGUAUAGGCUUCUUCUAGAGGAGGCUGCUUCAAUAGGUUUCUCAGUGUGGUGGGAGUUUAAUAAUCGAAAGGAGAGGAUGAAGCAGGAGUGGGAUCUUGCGCUUAUCAACGUGCUCACAGUUGCAGCAUGCAAUGCAGUAGUUGUUUGGUCACUUGCUUCUUGUCGUUCGUAUGGGAACACAUUUCGUUUUGAAAUACAAAAUACAUUGCAGAAGCUUCCGAACAACAUAUUAGAAAACAGCUAUCCACUUAGGGAAUUUGACUUACAAAAGAGAAUUCAGUGCUUUUUAUUCAAGGCUGUUGAGUUGUGCAUUGUUGGAUUAAGUGCUGGUGCCGGGCAAGGUGCAUUAUCAAACACUUUGGCUAGGAAAAAGGAGGGAAGGUUAUCUGUGACUGUUCCAAGUGUAAGCAGUAAUGCCCUUGGUUAUGGUGCUUUCCUUGGAAUUUAUGCACACCUGAGAUAUCAACUGUUAUGUGGAUUUGAUAGAGUAAUGAUUAACCGUUUUGAUGUAAUUGGAGUUGCGUUGUUCUUCAGCACUUACUCCAGGGUCUUGAAUGUUCAAUUAGGAGAGGCCUCCAGGCGUGCUUGGCUGGGAGUUGAGGCAGAUCCGCUGGCUCAGUCAGAUAACAAAGUUUACAUCAGGCCUUCUAAGAAUGUAGAGAAACCAUCCUCAAACUGGUCUAUUUCAAAGAAUGCAGUUGUUUCUUGGCUUGAGAUUCUGGGUGUUAAACAAAGGAGGAUAGACACUGUCGCUGGAGCAGAAUCUUCAGCUCCUAAAGCUCGGAGAAGAAGGAUUGUUCGGAAGAAGGUUGCUGCAGGAUCGGCUUAG